UGUGCUCUGCUCCAGAGACAGCCUGCUGCACCCCCCUUGUCUGGCCUGACGUUCCUGGGGAGAUGGUGCUUGUGGCUUCCUGGCACCCUCUCUUCUCUUUCAGAGAAAGGCCCCAGCGAGGACCCACGGCCCGAGGAGAGGCCCGUAGAGGACAGCCACGGUGACGUGAUCCGGCCCCUGCGGAAGCAGGUCGAGCUUCUCUUCAACACGCGAUACGCCAAGGCCAUUGGCAUCUCGGAGCCCGUCAAGGUGCCCUACUCCAAGUUCCUGAUGUACCCAGAGGAGCUGUUUGUGGUGGGGCUGCCUGAAGGCAUCUCCCUCCGCAGGCCCAACUGCUUCGGGAUCGCCAAGCUCCGGAAGAUCCUGGAGGCCAGCAACAGCAUCCAGUUUGUCAUCAAGAGGCCCGAGCUGCUCACCGAGGGAGUCAAAGAGCCCAUCACGGACAGCCAAGAGAGGGAUUCCGGGGACCCUCUUGUGGACGAGAGCCUGAAGAGACAGGGUUUCCAAGAAAAUUAUGACGCUAGACUCUCGCGCAUUGACAUCGCCAACACGCUGAGAGAGCAAGUCCAGGAUCUGUUCAAUAAGAAAUACGGAGAAGCCCUGGGCAUCAAGUACCCCGUCCAGGUCCCCUACAAGCGGAUCAAGAGUAACCCCGGCUCGGUGAUCAUUGAGGGGCUCCCCCCAGGAAUCCCGUUUCGAAAGCCCUGCACCUUUGGCUCCCAGAACCUGGAGAGAAUCCUCGCAGUGGCUGACAAGAUCAAGUUCACGGUCACCAGGCCUUUUCAAGGACUCAUCCCAAAGCCUGAAAUACGGAAUGGAAACUCAGAAGCACAAGACAUGUAAAAUUGAACCAGAUUUCUACCGAAAGCCCACAUUGCAUAGUGGGAGAAUCUGAGUCCCAUUUUCCUCCCCUUUUCCCUGGGCUCGUGUCCAGGUUCCAGAAGGCUUCAUAGUGCCAAGGAGUUAGGGUCAGGGGGCCCACCAAGUCUUGAAUAUCAUGUGUCCACGUUGGUACCCACAAGACGUCCAUGCAGAUGGUUGGAGAGAUGCCCCUUGCUCCUCCCCGUUGAGGCUUCCCCAGGGCCUGGAACCUUCUAAGAAGCCCAUCCAUGUAGCCACUU